UUUUUUUUUUUCAUUAUAUUUUCAUUAAGAAUUAUUGACUUUAUAAUCAGCUUUUUUUAAGAAUCAAAAUAUUAACGUCAAACUUACUUUAAAAUAAAUUAACUAUAUUCAGCACUUGUCGAAAACUUUUAUACAUAUAUAAAUAAAAUGCUUCCUUCAUUAGGAUUAUUCAAAUCCGAACCUUGCCCUUUAUACCCUAAUUGCACAAGAAAUCCUUGCUUUUUUUCGCAUGCACUACAAAGAUCUUCGACAAUUGAAGGUUAAUAUUUUAAAAAGUUUCUAUAAAAAGUUUCAUUGAUUAUAGCUUCCUUUUAUAUAGAUCGUCCUAUUGAAACUGUUAAACGUCAGAAAAAAGACACUCCCUCCAUGAUGGAGAGGAAAGUAAUAACGACACAAAUAGCGAUAGAAAAAUCAAAAAGAACUGAACCAAUAGUUCCAUCACUUAUUCCAGUUAGUAAAUCCGUUACUUUACCAAAACACUCAGCAUCAGUACCUGCAAUUGUUCAUAAGAAAAAGAUAGCAGCAAUGUCAACAAAAUUAGAAACUACUCAAAAAACCACUACAACAAAUGAUAAGAUAAUUAUUUCUGAUCCUAGGAAGAGAGCAGCGCAUAAAGUGACGUACAAUAAUAAGCCUACUGGACCACCUAUUAUUUUGCCAGAUACUAGAGCAAAGAUACCACUUAAAAUUAGACAGUUGAUUGCAAACAAGUUAUUUGAAGCAUUUUCACGUAUUUAUAAACCAAUAUUGAAUAAUAAUCCAACAUUAGCAACAGACCAUGCAAAGCAACAGGAGGAAAAAAUUUUGGCAGCAACAACGAAUGUAGCUGGUUACAAACAGAUGGCUAUGUCAACCUUGAUGAAUUUAAAAAAAAGACCAGAGAGUAAAGAUAAUCAAGAUAUUGGCUUGGAUGGUGAAUGGGUUGAUUCUGAAAAGGCAGCAGCUGAAAAGGCUUUGGUAUUUGCAAGGGCCAAAGAAUGCAUAGCUUCAUUAGAAGAAUUAAAACAACUGCAAUACCCUUUACCUGACCUUUUGAAUAUACCGGUAUCAUCUACAGAAAUGGAAGAUAGGGUUGGUACAAUUCAAACAUGUGAUCGUUGCAAAAAGGAAUACAUAGUCAAAGCUGUCUUGGAUAAAGAUGAUAUAGAGGCCUGUGUAUAUCAUCCUGUACGUCCAUAUAUAGAAUUAGUGAAUGGUCAAAAGGAAAAAAUAUAUGGUUGCUGCAAAGAUCCUAUUGGAAGUGAAGGAUGUAUUCGAGGUUCUCAUGUUUAUAAAGAUACUGAUUUGACUGUAUUACACCAUAAAAUUCCUUUUAUCAAGCUGCCACCUCGUAACUCAGCAAAUAGGUCAGAAACGAUUCAAGAUUUAGUAGCUUUAGACUGUGAGAUGGGUUAUACUACAGCAGGCAUGGAAUUGAUUCGAUUAACAGUAGUAGAUAAAGAUAUGAAUGUCCUUAUAGAUGAACUGGUAUUACCUUCAAGUAUGGUUAUUGACUUGAAUACCCAUUACAGUGGUGUUAAAACACUUGAAGGUGUGAAAUAUGAUUUGGACGGGCUUAGAAAAGAGUUGUUCAAGUAUGUAGAUGAGGAAACAAUUAUUGUAGGUCAUGGUUUAGAAAAUGAUCUUAAUGCAUUAAGAAUUGUUCAUACAAAUGUGAUUGACACAGCUGCUCUUUUUCCUCAUAAAAAUGGAUUGCCUUAUAGAUACAGUCUUCGAUUCUUAACUUCUGCACAUUUAAAAAGAUUUAUCCAGACGGGUUCUGAUGGCCAUGAUUCGCUUGAAGAUGCGAGCGUAUGUAUUGAAUUAUUAGAAUUUUAUAUAAAGAACGUGUUAGAUAGGACCAAGAUAAAGCAGCAAGCAGGAAAGAAAUAAAAAAUAAUUAGAUUGGGAUCGUUUACUACUUGUUUCAACAUUAAAUAAAUAAGAUCAAAGAAUUUUGUAUACGCGUAAUAAUUCGCGCUUGAUUUAAAAAAA